GAGCGUCGCACCGUCCGCAGCCGGGUCCAGAGACGGAGAGCGUUUGAGGGGCGGGCCGGUAGGGUGGUGUGUUUUCCUUAUGUCUACACCGCGCUCAGGCAGCGCCGGCUCUGCCUUCCCUCGCUCGGCUGCUGUGCGCCCCCUGCCCGGCUCCCCCUGUCACCUUUUCCUGGUCCCUGUAGGGAGUCGGGGCCUCGAGGUUUCGAAGUAACGGCCGCUGCUUCGCCCGGGAGCGAGGGGCGCGCCCCUCUUCGGCCCAGGCAACCCGGCGCCCGGCCCUCGUCUCCAUGGGCCCAACCCGGAAGCCCAACGUGUGCCGCCGGCUGAGUCGCCGGGCGCUGGGCUUCUUCUCGCGUGACGCAGGCGUGGUGCAGAGGACGAACCUGGGCAUCCUGCGGGUGCUGGUGUGCCAGGAAAGUACUAAAUUUAAGAAUGUUUGGACAACUCAUUCCAAGUCACCCAUAGCCUAUGAGAGAGGAAGAAUAUAUUUUGACAAUUAUCGGUGCUGUGUCAGCAGUGUUGCGUCAGAGCCAAGAAAACUUUAUGAAAUGCCAAAAUGUUCCAAAUCAGAAAAAAUAGAGGAUGCUUUAUUAUGGGAAUGCCAAGUGGGAGAAACGCUGCACAAUCCAUCAGAUUAUAAAUCCUCGCUCAUAGCAGUGACUGCUCAUAAUUGGCUACUUCGUAUAUCAGCAACCACGGGAAAAGUCCUUGAGAAAGUAUACCUUGCUUCGUAUUGCAAAUUCAGAUACUUGAGCUGGGACACUCCUCAAGAAGUCAUUGCAGUCAAGUCAGCUCAGAACAAAGGCUCAGCAUCGGCCCGGCAGGCAGGCAUUCAACAGCCUGUUUUGCUGUACCUUGCAGUGUUCCAUGUUCUACCUUUUUCACUCGUAGGGAUUCUGGAGAUCAACAAAAAGAUUUUCGGGAAUGUUACAGAUGCUACCUUGUCUCAUGGAAUACUGAUUGUGAUGUACAGCUCGGGAUUGGUCAGACUCUACAGCUUCCAAGCCAUCACUGAGCAGUUCAUGCAACAGAAACUUGACUUAGGGUGUGCAUGCAGAUGGGGUGGGACUACUGGAACUGUAGGAGAGGCUCCUUUUGGCAUUCCUUGUAAUAUUAAAAUCACAGACGUGCCACCACUGCUCUUUGAGGUGUCCUCCCUGGAGAAUGCUUUUCAGAUUGGAGGCCAUCCUUGGCACUACAUCAUCACACCUAAUAAGAAGAAACAGAAAGGAGUUUUCCAUAUUUGUGCCCUGAAAGAUAAUUCCUUGGCAAAAAACGGGAUCCAAGAAAUGGAGUGUUGUUCUCUAGAAUCUGACUGGAUCUAUUUUCAUCCUGAUGCUUCUGGUAGAAUAAUACAUGUUGGCCCAAAUCAGGUCAAAGUUUUAAAGCUAAAUGAAGUAGAAAAUAAUAGUGCUCAGCAUCAGAUUUCUGAAGAUUUUGUCAUUCUGGCCAACAGGGAGAAGAACAAAAAUGAAAACUUACCCACUGUUACAGCUUCUGGACGGGUGGUAAAAAAAAGUUUUAACCUUCUGGAUGACGACCCAGAACAAGAGACUUUCAAAAUUGUGGACUAUGAAGAUGAGUUGGAUUUGCUUUCUGUGGUAGCUGUUACUCAAAUAGAUGCUGAAGGAAAAGCUCACCUGGAUUUCCACUGUAAUGAAUAUGGAACUUUACUUAAAAGCAUUCCACUAGUGGAGUCAUGGGAUGUGACAUAUAGCCAUGAAGUCUACUUUGACAGAGACUUGGUACUACACAUAGAACAGAAACCCAGCAGGAUCUUCAGCUGCUAUGUUUACCAGAUGGUAUGUGACCCUGGGGAAGAAGAAGAAACCACAAACAGAAGUUAUGGAAAAGAGUGAGAUAAUUUAAAAUUUUGGGAUGUAACUUAUGAGACUUUUAGCCAAAUACCCCAGCAGCUGUGUCCAGUCCUCCUUUUUAUUAUCUACAUAGCAAGUUCUCUAGAAUUUUCCAGAAUAGGUCUUGUGUUGACUUCAGAUGACUGUGACUACAUUUUUAAACUCUUGCCAUACAGGGUGGUGUAAAGGUUUUUUAGAAGGAUGUCCCAGGAAGUCUAGCAUUUUGGAGCUUUUAGCUAGGUGGUGAUGCAAAUAUAAAAUGCUGGGGAGCAGAGAAAGAUUAAUUCCAAUUGUUGGGGAUUUGGGGAGAGGGUCAUUGAUGAGGAGGCGUUUAACAUGAUUCUUAUAGAAUGGUAUGGAAUUUUAAUUGGUAAGACUAGGAGGGAGAGAGAAAAAUAAAGAUACAAAAGGUACAGAAAGAAAUCCUGUAUCUUCUAUAACAAACUUUGCUUAAGGAUGAGAAGUGAGAUCUGUAAUAUGAAAGCAUACUUUUGAGCCAAAAAUGUGUCAUCACAGUUUUCUAAAAAAAUCUUAUAUAUGUAUGUAUGUUUUGUAUUUGUAUCUAGAAUCAGGAAUUGGCUCUAGUUUCCAAAUUAACUGUCUUUUCUGCCAUGGUUUUAUUCUCUUGGCUUGGUACUCCCAUUGAUUAUUUGUGCUUCUAUUAUAGACUGAUGUAAAAGAUUCCAAGCAAACUCUUAAGUGAAAUUUUUUCCGAGAUGUAGGCAUUUAGCUCUUAAUACAUCUAAGAAUGUUGCACU